GAAAAUUUUCCCUUUCUAUGUCUAUUUCCCGCCGAUUUUGUUAUAAUUGUGAUCCGACAGUGAUAUGUUUUCAAUGUGUUGUGUUUGUAAAGAUAGUGCCUUGAACAGUAAAAUAUUUGAGUCAUUACUGACAUGAAAAUGGUGAGCAGUGAGGAUGAUUGUGAAAUCACUUCUGUAAAAAAAAAGAAGUUAAAACAAGCACAAUUGCCAUUUCAAAUGCGAAGCGCAGUACAGUCUCCAAAUGUUGUUCUACAAAGAAAAAAGAGGAAACUAUCAUCACCUUCUGUAGAAUGUAAAAGUCCAAAAACAAUUAAAAUUUUGAAAAAUUUGGAUACAGAUAAUGCAAAUAAUGAACCAGUUAAUAUAGAUAUUAAUACAGAAAAUAAAGAUAUCGCUCAAAUAGAAAUAAUAGAGGAUGCGGAAACUGAAAAUGCAAAAGAAAAUGCAUCUGAUAAGAAAAAAUCUGAGAGUAAAAGCAAAACGCCAAAACGAAUUUCAACUGGACAGAAAAAAUUGGAGAAGUCAAAAUCAAGUCCUUUAACGAAGUUUUUUCAAAAGACUGAUAAACAAAAAGAUAGCUCAAAGGAGGAGUCUCAAAUUUCUUUGCAAGAAGAAAAGGAUGAUAUAGUUGAAGCAAUUGAGGAUAACUCUAAAAAAGUAAUUGAAAUUGAUAUGAAUAGGUCAGAAACAAAUAGUUUAAAUGAUACAGUGGAAGAUUUAUCUUCAACUGUUAAUAAUUCUUUAUCUCGAUCUGAUUCUGAUCUUGUAAUAUUAUCAUCGGAUUCUGAAGAUAAAGAUGAAGAAACAAAGUCAAUUACUAGUACACCAACAACUCCUAAGAUGAACGAAGCAAAACAGAAAAAAUUAACACCUGAACGCAAAGAAAGGAAAUUAUUAAGUGCUAAGAAAAGGGAAAAAAAUAAAUUAUUACAAAUGGAGAAGAGGAAGAAAAUGGAAGAGGAACGACAAAAUCGUAAGAAAGAAAAAGAAGAGAAACGAAAACAAAAAGAGGAGAAGGAAAGAGUCGAAAGAGAACAGAAACUGAUGGAAAAGAAAAUGAAAGAACAAAAGAAACAAAUGGAAAUCGAACAAAAACAAAAAGAAAAACAAGCAAGGGAAGAAGAACGUCGAAGAAAGGAAGAAGCUAAGGAGGAAGAAAAAAGAAAAAAAGAAGAAGAAAGACUGGAAGCAGAGCGCAAGAAACAGAAAGCAGCGACGACUUUUACCAGUUUUUUCGUCGCUAAGAAACAAGAAAAAUCUGUCGAGAACGAAAGUACGAGCGAAAUGAAGAAUUUCAUGCCUUUUGAAGUAAAAGGAGACAUGAAGAUAGCUCCAGUCUGUAGGAGACUCUUGACUGAACAAGAGAAAUUAUUAUUAGAUGAAAAAUAUAAUAAAGGAAGUAUACAAGUGAUAGAUUUGUAUCUUAGUGAGCUCAAGAAUAAAAAAAUCGUUCCACGUAAAUCAUCGAAAACUUGGCCGCUCGAAACAAAAGAUGAUGUGAUUUUGUUAGAAGAAGACAACGAUGGCAGCUCGAAUAUUGUGAACCAAAAUGUUAUUGUAGAAAAGCAGCGACCUAAAUUAUUACAAUUUUCUGAAAAUCAACGACCUCCUUAUUGGGGAACGUGGAGAAAACAUAGUAAAACUGUCAAUCCUCGGAGACCGUUCUUCAAAGAUAAGGAGUGGUUCAAUUAUGAGAUAGACUCGGAGGAAGAAUGGGAGGAAGAAGAACCAGGUGAAUCUUUGCGUGGUUCUGACGAUGAGAAAGAUGAAGAAAAUCCGGAGGACAACGAGUACGAUGUAGACAACGAUUUCAUGGUUCCUCACGGGUACUUGUCCGACGAAGAGCUUCGCGCUGACGAAGAAGAUAAGGAAGACGUGAAUCCUGAAAUACAAAAGUUCAAGUUGAAGUUACUCGGAGAACAGUUUGAAUCCGAAAGGAAUGCAAAGACCGCGAAAUUGAAGCCAAAAAUAGUAGGCUGCGUUUGGAAAGAACGUGAGAACAAAUUUCCAUCAAACGUAUCACAAAAAAUUGUCGAUUUCCUAUCAGCCCGAGAGGCCUGGGUAUAUCAAAUACCGGUGUCACUGCCAACUACAAAUGAAGGCUCGAUAAACAGCAACUGUAACACACCUAUGAAGCAGCAAACGCCGAAGAAGACACAAUUUCCAGACACAGCCAUACCAGAUUUGAUUCGGCUAGUACAUGGAAACACGUCUAGCAAAAAAUAUCUUGUUAAAGAGUUCAUAGCCUACUGGAAUAAGAAGAACAAUGGAACUGAAAAUCAGCUCUCAAAAAUUAGUAUAUUGAAGAAAAUUUGCGAGAUUGGGAAGUGGAUGCUGUGUCCAGAUGAGGGACCGAUGCUUUCCAAAGCUUGCUGGUAUGUCAAUGAAAAUGUCAGAAAGGAACAUAUCAGCGAAGAGCUUCCUUUGCCAAAUAAUUGGUCGUAUAUCUUAGCUCCAAGGAAGAAAGAUUUGACGGAAUUAACAUCGUACUUCACUCCGAAAUGAAAUUACUUUAUAAAGAUCUUCUAGUUAUAUAGUUUAAAGUUUUGGAAAGAGAUCGAUUCGAUCCAUGUUUAGAAAUAUGUCAUUUGCAAUAUUUUAAAGUGGUAUUUUAAGCUAUGUAAUUGAAACAAAUUGCUACGUCGAUUUAAAAUCUGCUUGUUUUUAAUUGUUAAAAUCGACUUGUAUUUAUAAUCUAAUUUAAUUAGUGCCAUUACUUUCUAAAUAUGGAUCAAUAUUGCAGUGACGCUUAUCUAGUAUCGAUCGCAAUCAUCAAUUUAAAGUUGUAUUAUUUAAUUAUAAAAUAUAAACGAGUCCAUGGAGAAAAGGGAAAAUUUCAAUUCUUAUAAAUGUUGAAUAUAACAUUUUUUAGCACGUUCCUAUAAUAUUCCAACUAUGUCACACUAUAUGUAUUCCUAAUCACUAACUAUAUCACAUUACGAAUUAAAAUUUUUUGAAUUUUAUAUUUAUUUUAAUAUACGAGAAAACAUAAAGUUGUGAUACGAUAUAUUAAAAAAUAAGUUUCCGUUUUUUAAGAAAUGCCUUGAUAUUUCCCCUUUUCAUGGAUCUUUAGAAAUGAAUAGUAAUUUACAGAAAAUUGACUAAAAUGAAAUAAUCGAAAAUCUUCACUUUGCUAAAUUGUUAUGCGUUAUUAAUAACCUAAUGAUACCAGUUGAGGAUUCAGGGAACAAACUGAAAAGUUUUCGCGUUAACACUGUAUAUGGAUCUGAUUCUUCUUUUUGUACAAAUUUAAUAAACGCUGCGGUCGUCGAUGACUUUUUAAAAACAAAGUAAUGCAAAUUGAUGCAAACAAUGUUUAAUAUAACAAAGAUAUAUUUUUGUAAAAGAUUCAAUAUUAACUUGAGAAAUUUGCGUAAUUAAACACGAAAGACCACUGUUGAAAGUGUACUUUAUGUGAUAUGUUUAUCAUCAUACGAUCAAAAGAAAGACAGUAUCGUUAAAGAUCAAUGUUAAAAUCGUUAGUUAAUAGGAUGAUA